AUGUGCGGUUUCACUUUCUAUUCCGAUGACAGCCGCUCUACAGGGAGGGAAGAGUAGAGACGAACUAAUCUGUGUAAACCCAAUAUUUACUCCUUGUUUGACUCAAACGAACAAUGUUGUAUGUUUAAGUGGAACAACCGAAGAGCAUUUUGGACGGAGAGUUAAUCAACCAUAAAGGUUGUCAACAGAAAGUUUCUGUUUGGUGCCAUUUGUGAACUUUGCGUCAUUCAUGCGUCUAAGACACAAUGGCUUCUGAAGUUUUACCGAAAGGGAACCUGAAAGAAGCUGAGGAGCUGGCCCUUUCCCUGGGUGAAGCCAUCAGCAGUGGAGACUCUGAAGAGGCUGCUAAGCUGUGUGAGAAGCUCUCUGCUCUCUCUGUUGCAGUGUCAGUCAGCAUCAAGAACCAUGCAUACCCUCAGGACUCCAUCAGAUUGAUGGUGGGUGUGGAGGAUGCCCAGUCAGAGGACUAUAUUCCAGUGACUCUUGUUGUUUCCUCUGGCAUGAAAAUAUCAGAACUUAAAGAAAAGAUCAGCCAGGACUUUGGGUUCCACCCAACACUCCAGCGCUGGGUCAUCGGUAAACGCCUAGCCCAGGACCAGGACACGUUAUACAGCCACGGCGUUCGCAAGAGUGGAGAUCAGGCUUUCCUGUUUAUCCUCUCUGCCGAUGCUGCCCAUCUCACACGGCACCAACACAAUCAGGACCAGGAACAGCAGCGUUUGGCUAGUAUUGUGGAAUCUCUGCAUUCUAUUGAGCUUCAGCCUAGAGGGGUGGGUGUUGCCGAAAAAAGGGCUCCUCCUCCUGUUCCUCCAAAAAACAUUCCUACUCCCAAACCUCCUUUGCCUCCUAAGCCUCAGGUUGGCUGGAACUGUACGCUGUGCACGUUUCUUAACAAACCAACACGUCCUGGCUGUGAGAUUUGUGGAGCGGAAAGGCCACAGGACUAUGAGGUGCCAGACGUCUACGAGCCAGACCAGGAGGAAGUUUUGCGUAUUCAACAGGAACAGCUGGCCUUUCAGCUUUAUGAGGAGGCUCAGGAACUGGAACGUCAGCAGAACUACAUGUACCUCUUGGCCACAGAAGAACAGAACCUCAUCCCUAAUACUACAGAGACAGAUUGCCCUAUCUGCAUGUCUACUCUACAGCCAGGAGAGGGGGUUGUGCUAAGAGAAUGUCUUCACACCUUCUGCAGGGAGUGUCUCGCAGGGACAGUCAUAAACAGCCAGGAUGCGGAGGUGUGCUGUGCAGAUACGGAUUGUGAGAGCAAGUUAUUGGACAGAGAGAUAAAAGAGCUGCUUACAGAGGAGGAGCACCAGCGUUUUCUAGAGCUGCGUUUGAACAUCGCAGAGAGCCGCUCCGAGCACAGCUUCCACUGUCAGACCCCCAACUGUCGAGGGUGGUGCAUCUACGAGGAUGAUGUCAAUGAGUUCCAGUGCGACCUCUGCAAUGAGACCAAUUGCCUUCUUUGCCGAGCGAUUCACAAGGACAUGAACUGUAAGGACUAUCAGGAUGACCUGCGCGUCCGAGCUGAGAACGAUCAAGCAGCUCAGCAGACCAAGCAGAUGUUGGAGAACAUGCUGCAGAAUGGAGAAGCCAUGAAAUGCCCAAGGUGUGACAUCAUCGUCCAGAAAAAAGAUGGCUGCGAUUGGAUCUGUUGUCUGAUGUGCAAGACGGAAAUCUGCUGGGUCACUAAACAAGCUCGAUGGGGACCAAAUGGACAUGGCGAUACAUCCGGUGGUUGUAAAUGCCGGGUCAACAACAUGGCUUGUCAUCCCAACUGCCAAAACUGCCACUGAAGCAAAAAAAGCACUUAUUAGUUCAACACGACUCAGCCUUAACACUGUGAACUAUUUGGAUUGUAUUAAGCAGCGGAUCCGCAUUACUGCAUUACAUUUUUAUACACAUUAUUAACUAUGAUGGCACACUAACCAUUGUAGGGAAAGGGAAAUGGCAUGCAUCUAUCUACAGCUAAAGAUGCUAACUGUCAAGACCAUGAAAAAUACCUCACUGAGAGUUCCUUCAUUAUCAUACUUUUGAUGAUCAGUCAUGUGUUGUAAGAUUUAACUUUCAGCUGUUUCAUUUAAAACUAUUCCCUCCAAUAACCAGUUUUUGUGCAAACAAAAGGUAAAAAAAAAACCCACAUCUAAACAGACUCAAUUUAGGGACUUUUAUUUAUGUUUCUCCUUUAGUUUUUAAUCAUGGCAUAUAAUAUAAUCAAAGAUUGACUAGGAUGAAAGUAUUUAAAAUUGUAAGUGGUGAACAUUGGGGGGGGGUCAUUCUACUGUGCAGACCGAGGUGAAGGAUGCUGUUUACAUUGGUUACUUUAAUUGCAUUUAUUCAUAGUGCAUAUAACUUGUUUGAUUGCACUUAGGGACUUUUAAGUUUAAGGUGGUCUUCAAUUGUUUAGAUGAUCAGCAAUGACAACGAGUUUCAUAAGAUCCAAUCUCUUCAUUUCUUUAGUGUUCAAACCUGAAGAUCUGAAAGAAAUGUAUUGCACAUUGUGUCAUGUAUCCUUAAAAGGUGUUUAAUUGAAGUCUCUUUGAUUUGUCUUGUAUUUACUCAGGAAUCAUUGUAUUUUUUUUAGAGUGAUGCUUAGAAUGAUAUUAGUUAAAAUCUAAACUCUUAAGUGUUGGUUAAGCUUGGUUGGGUGGGUUUUGUGUUCUCACAGCUUAACUGAAGAACAGUGCUGCCUUUGAACUUACCUUUACAUUUUGCAACAGCAUUUAAAAAUGUCUGCGAUGUUUAUGUUGUAAAAAUGUUCUCAUCCAGUAUGGGGACAUUGCAAAAUUAAUUCUAAUAAACUGCUAUCACUUUGAGAA